AGACGCACGUGGUCCACGCUUAUAUAAACGCACCACCUAGACGAGCUGUCCCAGUAUGAGUUCAUUAAACAUGCUUGGCUUCUUCGUGUUGAUAAUCCGUCUCUUCAUCGCAGGUGCUGCGAUUGACAGCGAGAGGGUGGAGGUAACAAUGGGAGAAAGGUUUGACCUCUUUGAUGAAAACCCUGAAUUGAAAAAUGUUUCUAGAGUGAGUAUGUUUAUAUGUGAAAACGGGCCUCUCGUGUUCCGGUACUGCUCGCCUGAUGAAAAGAAGAAUGGCUGUAAGUCUUUUGGGGCAGACAAAGUCUUACUCCAAACUCAGAAUAUGACCCUCUCCAUUCGUAAUGCCAGUUCCAGUGAUGAAGGAUGCUACACUUUGGAAGUGAUCGGGAACAUCAUUUACAAGAAAAAGUUAACAGUAGUUGUCAACGAAUCACCGCUCAGUACCAUCAGCCCAGAAUCACCACACCUAACAUCCCCCACACCCAAUGACGGAGAUUCAGUCAAAACUGCAGCAGCAGCUAUAUUGAUUGGGAUGUUCAUUCUGGUCAUUUCAAUCAUCUGCUAUAGAUAUAAAAAGAAAAAGAGUCAGAAGAAGUCUGCUGAAGCUCUAGUGGAAGAGUGCGCUCUUAAUCAGGGUGUUGUCGCUGAUGAAGGCCUUGUAAGCUGCAACAUGUCUGUUUGUGUGUUCAGUGACUCUUUAAAGAUGGAGGACGAGACGCUUCGCCCACAGAGAAAGAAACUUUCAGUGGAGGAUUUGAAUCACAAUUCAAUCAAGGAAAACAAAGAAAAGCCUACUUGUGCCCAAGGAUUGUGAAAGGACUUGACCCAGACAUCGGACCCCUUCACCACCCUGCCCGGUCGUCUAAUGAUCAGUUCUCCUCAACUAUUCCAGAUACAUCAGAGCUGUGGGCUGUGCAGGUGCUCAGGACAUAUAAGCAGGGUUGGGGAGUAAAGAAAUACAUGUAACGGGAUUACGUAUUUAAAAUACAAUAUAUAAGUAACUGUAUUCCACUACAGUUACAGUUUAAAUCAUUUGUAAUUAGAAUACAGUUACAUUCAAAAAGUAUUUUGAUUACUGAAGAGAUUACUUUGCAUUUUAUUGUCAUUAGUUUCAUUUAAUAUUUAGUCCUUUCAGAUGGAAAACAUUUAUACAUAUAAAUGAUGUGAUUCAAAGUGCAUUUGUACAGCAGUGAAACACUUUCUUAUGAUGUGUUACAUUCAUACGAGCAGACAGAGAAGUACGUUUGAAGUAAGUUUGGAGCAGAAGAAAUAGAAAUAAACCUUGUGUAAAUUGUCAGCUUUACGCUAAGGUAAAAUGCUAUUUCUAACCAUUUUACAUGCACAUGUUACCGGACAGUAUCAUAUUUUUUUUAUCAAGAAAAUUCACGGAUCAUAAUUUAUUUCUUUCUAGUAAGACCUUUGAUAUUAGGGCAAAAAUCAUAUUCUUGAUGAUAAGUUUUGUAUUGUUUUGCUGUAAAAAUAUCUAAAAAUCCUUAAAACAAGAUCAAUUUUAUUUAUCUUGUUUUAGAAACGACACUGCAUAAGAUAUUUAGGUUUUUCAGAGAAUGUAUUUUUAACAUGUGUAUUUUGUCUUACUGUACUGGCAGAGUUUUUAUAGUCAAAACAAGUGAAAAAAUCUACCAGUGCUGAAGAAGUAAUCCAAAGUAUUUAGAAUACGUUACUGACCUUGAGUAAUCAAAUGAAAUACGUUACAAAUUACAUUUUACAGCAUGUAUUCUGUAAUCUGUAGUGGAAUAUGUUUCAAAAGUAACCCUCCCAAGCCUGCAUAUAAGAGCUGUUUUCUCACAGGGACCAAGGUUCGAGUCUGAUCUGGGUCACGUCCCAAUCCCGCUCCUCCUUUCUCAACCCUGCUUUUCUGUCUUCAUUCUACUGUCCCAGAAAUAAAGGCAAAAAGCCCCAAAAUAAAUUAACAUAUAUGUAUAUUAUACAUGUAACAGCACAGUUUGGACUAAAACAGUAGACAGUUUUUGAGGUUGUUUUGCUUUGUCUUCAAAAUCCUAAAGGGCUGGUGUUAACAGUUUUCCUCAGUAACCGACAGUUAUUACU